AUGCCCGUCGACAAGGCCAUCAGUCUCGACGAGAUCAAAAAUGAGAACGUCGAUUUGGAAAAAAUUCCAAUAGAGGAAGUGUUUGAGCAGCUGAAAUGUUCAAGAACAGGUCUAUCCUCAGACGAAGGAGCCAAUCGGCUUCAAGUGUUCGGACCAAACAAAUUGGAAGAGAAAAAGGAAAGCAAACUUUUGAAGUUCUUGGGUUUCAUGUGGAACCCUCUGUCAUGGGUCAUGGAAGCUGCUGCAAUAAUGGCCAUUGCUAUGGCCAAUGGAGGAGGAAGACCUCCAGAUUGGCAAGACUUCGUCGGAAUCAUUGUUCUACUGCUCGUCAACUCUACAAUCAGUUUUAUCGAAGAAAAUAAUGCUGGAAAUGCCGCUGCUGCACUUAUGGCUGGUUUAGCUCCCAAGACCAAGGUUCUGAGAGAUGGUCAGUGGAAUGAACAAGAUGCUGCAAUUUUAGUCCCAGGAGAUAUAAUCAGCAUCAAACUAGGAGAUAUUAUCCCAGCUGAUGCACGUCUUCUGGAGGGUGAUGCUUUAAGUGUUGAUCAGUCUGCUUUAACUGGAGAGUCUCUUCCUGCAACCAAAAACCCAUCGGAUGAAGUAUUUUCUGGAUCAACUGUUAAAAAGGGUGAGAUUGAAGCAGUUGUGAUUGCCACUGGUGUUCACACCUUCUUUGGUAAAGCUGCUCAUUUGGUGGAUAGCACCAACCAAGUUGGUCACUUCCAGAAAGUCCUCACAGCCAUUGGUAACUUCUGUAUUUGUUCAAUCGCUGUUGGGAUACUGAUUGAGAUCAUCGUGAUGUACCCAAUACAGCAUCGCAAGUAUAGGGAUGGAAUCGACAAUCUCUUGGUUCUGUUGAUCGGAGGAAUCCCAAUUGCCAUGCCUACUGUAUUGUCGGUGACAAUGGCCAUCGGUUCUCAUAGAUUGUCUCAACAAGGUGCAAUCACUAAGAGAAUGACUGCUAUUGAGGAAAUGGCAGGCAUGGAUGUUCUGUGCAGUGACAAGACUGGGACUCUCACAUUGAAUAAGCUAAGUGUUGACAGGAACUUGAUUGAAGUGUUUGCUAAGGGUGUGGAGAAGGAGUUUGUGAUGCUUCUUGCAGCAAGGGCUUCCAGAACUGAGAAUCAGGAUGCCAUAGAUGCUGCAAUUGUUGGGAUGCUGGCUGAUCCGAAGGAGGCUCGAGCUGGAAUCCGGGAGGUUCACUUUCUGCCAUUUAAUCCCGUGGACAAGAGGACUGCUCUUACAUACAUUGAGUCAGACGGAAGUUGGCAUAGGGCUAGUAAAGGUGCUCCCGAGCAGAUUUUGAACCUUUGCAACUGCAAAGAGGAUGUGAGGAAGAGGGUUCAUACAUGUAUUGAUAAGUUUGCUGAGCGUGGACUUCGUUCUUUAGCUGUUGCAAGACAGCAAGUGCCAGAAAAGUCGAAAGAUGCUCCAGGGGCACCAUGGCAAUUUGUUGGUUUGCUACCCCUCUUUGAUCCUCCUAGGCAUGACAGCGCUGAGACCAUCAAACGAGCUCUUCACCUUGGUGUCAAUGUCAAGAUGAUUACUGGUGAUCAGCUUGCCAUUGCCAAGGAAACUGGGCGAAGGCUUGGAAUGGGGACAAACAUGUACCCAUCUUCUUCACUGCUGGGAGGAGAAAAGGAUGCUACUGUUUCAGCUCUUCCGGUUGACGAAUUGAUUGAGAAGGCUGAUGGAUUUGCAGGAGUCUUUCCUGAGCAUAAGUAUGAAAUAGUGAAAAGACUGCAAGAGAGGAAGCAUAUAUGUGGAAUGACAGGAGAUGGUGUGAAUGAUGCGCCUGCAUUGAAGAGAGCAGAUAUUGGAAUUGCUGUUGCUGAUGCGACGGAUGCUGCCAGGAGUGCUUCUGAUAUUGUCCUCACUGAGCCUGGUUUGAGUGUCAUUGUCAGUGCAGUGCUCACUAGCAGGGCUAUUUUCCAGAGGAUGAAGAACUACACUAUUUAUGCUGUGUCCAUCACUAUUCGUAUCGUGUUUGGUUUCUUGUUUAUUGCGUUGAUCUGGAAGUUUGAUUUUGCACCCUUCAUGGUUCUGAUUAUUGCCAUACUAAAUGACGGAACCAUUAUGACAAUAUCCAAGGAUCGAGUGAAGCCAUCCCCACAGCCCGACAGUUGGAAACUGAAGGAGAUAUUUGCUACCGGCGUUGUGCUUGGUGGUUACUUGGCACUAAUGACAGUUGUAUUUUUCUGGGCUAUAUAUGAUACCGACUUCUUCUCGGACAAGUUUGGCGUGAGGUCUCUGAGACACAGACCCAAUGAAAUGAUGGCGGCCUUGUACCUACAAGUCAGUAUUAUCAGCCAGGCCUUAAUUUUUGUCACUAGGUCUCGUAGCUGGUCCUUUGUUGAAAGACCCGGUCUUCUCCUUCUAAGUGCUUUCUUAAUUGCUCAGCUGGUAGCAACUUUGAUUGCUGUGUAUGCACACUGGGAAUUCGCAAGGAUUAAGGGAAUGGGAUGGGGAUGGGCUGGUGUAAUCUGGCUCUACAGUAUAGUGACAUAUAUCCCUCUUGAUUUGCUCAAAUUUGCUAUCCGCUACGGUCUCAGUGGAAAGGCUUGGGACAAUAUUUUGGAGAACAAGACUGCCUUCACCACCAAGAAAGAUUAUGGGAAAGAAGAGAGAGAAGCACAGUGGGCAGCCGCACAGAGAACUCUUCAUGGUCUUCAGCCACCAGAAACUACAAACCUUUUCAAUGACAAAAAUAGCUACAGGGAGCUUUCAGAGAUUGCAGAGCAAGCCAAGCGACGAGCUGAGGUUGCAAGGCUAAGGGAGCUACACACUCUUAAGGGACACGUUGAGUCAGUGGUGAAGCUGAAGGGACUUGACAUUGAUACAAUUCAGCAGCAUUAUACAGUGUAAUGAAGAGCUUGGAAAAGCCUUGAAGAAGUAACAUGAGCGCUUGUCCAACAACUAAUAUGACCAAUAUAAUGACGAAGAAAGCACUGAGUUAAAUCCAUUUUUAUAUUAGAAAAAGUAGUUUUUUUGUUCCUUCCGUUGUGGAGAAGCCACUAGUGUGAUCUAGUGGAUAUUUGCAAGAGCUCCCUUUCACUUUUGGUACCAAAAUAAUACCAUUGUUAUGGAAGGGUUUCACCGACAUCCUUUCUGCUUUCCGUAAUACUAGUGCUAUUCAGGUGACAUUGCAGCUCCUUA